AGCAAAGAUGAUCUGCAUGAUAUUCAGGAUCUAAGAUUAAAAGAAAUUUCUAACUGUUGCUCCAAUUUCCAACAAUGGGGCCACCUCCCUUUUUCCCUCUCUAUAAGAACCUCCACUCCUCAAGCUUCUCCUUCACUUCCCAACAAAAACUUAUUCUUCUUUCCUUCCCUUUCAAGAUUUAGUUCCUGAAGAUUGUCUCAGCCAUGCAGCCUAGUGAGGUUUCAGGACUCCAUUAUCUAGUAGCUUCACCCCCAAGUCCAUAUCCAGGACAUUUUAGCAUGACUGAGAGCAAUACACCAACAUUUCAGUUAAAUGGAUUCUCAAAUCCAUUAUGUAAUUUCUAUAUCCCCUCUCAAUUUCCCGAAUUCAACCCCCAAUCAUCAAGUGUUAGCAACAACUCAACUUCCGAUGAAGCAGAAGAGCAACAACUGAGUCUAAUAAAUGAGAGAAAGCAGAGGAGGAUGAUAUCCAACAGAGAAUCUGCACGCAGAUCACGUAUGCGCAAGCAGCGACACCUGGAUGAGUUGUGGUCGCAGGUGGUUUGGCUCCGGAAUGAGAAUCACCAGCUUAUAGAUAAGCUGAACCAUGUUUCAGAGUGCCAUGAUCGGGUCCUUCAAGAGAAUGCUCAGCUCAAAGAAGAAGCCUCCGAACUUCGUCAGAUGCUCUCUGACAUGCCACUCAGCAGCCCUUACUCUACUUUAAGAGACAUAGAAGAUAUCUCACUGAAACAUGAUUUUUCUGAAAACUGAGUCCAGAAAUUGUCAAGUAACCUAGAAGAGGACAUAAGGCAGGGUCCUGUAUUCUAUUUUUGUUUCUUCUGUUGGAGUGGAAGUCAACAUGUCUUUGCCAAGCUUUAAGGUCUCUGAUAGUAAGGCUUUAGUAAUAACAUGCUUUCAGCAUUUAAUCUAAAUCUGUUGGCACUUUGCAGUAAAUUAUUGAUUAUGAUCUCUCUCCCUUUUGUUCUAAGGCAAGGCCUUUUUCAAAAGCGAUCUUGAAUCGCAUAAGUCUCAAUCAUUCCAGGUAUAUAGAAGUUGAUCUUAAGUUAUUUGAGAACAAGGGAACUUUCUAAAACAUGGACUGGAAGAAAGGUUGAUUAAAUGCUUUUGGAUAAAACAAAGUCUAUGUGACUGUAUAAUGUGAUGGUAACAAUUCCUUCAGGUGUACUAGAAAAGAAGCAAUGUGUGGCAUCAGAUGGAGGUAAGAGAUUGGUUAUGACACAGGAAAAAAAAGGUGGUGGUUUGAGUGCUGGCUCAUAAUAAAAAGACUACCAUAAAAAGGAAAACGUAUAAGGAAAAGCUAUCCACUAAAAUACCCAGCAUUUGUCCAAACUUUUUGAGAGAUGCUUUGACUGGAUUCAACUAGGAAUAUAAACCUAGCAAUGAUUG